AUGGAACCCCAGACCUUCCCCGAUUCUUCCUCCUCUUCUGCAAACCAAGAUAUCGGCCGUGACAGCUUUGCCAGGGAGACAAGACAGCCAUGCAUAUCUCAUCAUGCACCACUUUCUUCGGUUGAACCUCAAGCGGACACAAAAUCCAGAUAUAUGUAUGCGAUCGCCGAACCCAGUCAACAUACGAUAUCUAGGAAGCGAUCUCUGAACGAGAGCGGCUGUGAGGAUAGUCUGACGACCCACACUCGUCGAAGGAUACAGCAUUCAGCUCCAGUGUGGCACACUACCGCAACCGAGGCCAGUACCAUCAAAGACUGUUCAAGCGAUGAAGGCGUCACUGGAGGACCGAAUCGAAAGCAUGAAGAAUCAACUCCCGCUCUGGAGGAUAAUGCACUCGGUGAUCCAACAUUUGAACAAGGGCUGGAAACGCCUGUUCGUUAUAGUGCUUCGUCGUACUUUCGAGGCGUCGUCGCAGAAUCCAAUGAUGACUCUGUACAAUCUGCCGCGAGUGGCUCUGAUGAGUUUGAUUCGCAAGAAGAUGUGUCAGACUUGGAGGACGAUCGGCCACGUCCUUCUGAGGUCGUUGAUGUUUACUAUCCAUCAAUUGACGAUCAAAACCCAAGACUUUCUAUCCCACAGUAUGGUAUGGACGCUCAUGGAAGCAAUGUUAUAGGCUCUCUCGAAGAUCACGAGAUGUAUAGAAUAGCUCUGCAUCCUCUACCUAUGAUGGCUCCCAUAUACGACACCUCUGAUCUAGCUCAACAUGCUUUCCCCUUGAAAAUUGAAAUAAUCUCUCAAGAACCCCACCACCAUCCACCACCAGAAGUCACUAGCGUCGUUUUACGCUCCCAAGUCGAAUUCAGGCAACAUCAAUUCAUCCUAGCACCAAAGCACAGGCUCAAUUAUGUGGACCGGCGCGAGACUACUCUAGAACUGCCCCCGAUGAUAUGGACUCCUUUCGAAUGCAUAAAUGGCGACAAAGGCUUCUUCGCUGAGCACAUGGCGCCCAUACCCAUGGCGAUGUUUCCCUACCCAGGAUCGACUAUCCAUAUGAGGGCGUAUGUGACCGUCAAGAAUGGAAACAAAUUGUUGUCCUAUAUUGCUACCGCUGCAGCUACGACUGGACCGAUCCAAGUGCUUGGAAUUUUCCCGCCAGUACAAUACAACUAA